AUGAAUAAUUUUACACACCGUUGUUCACUUGAUGGUCAUAAUCAAAUUGUUUAAUUUUUCUGCUUUAAUGAAACCUGUCAUCAUAUUCGAUUAUGUUGUUUUGAGUGUUAUUAAGAAGGAAAUCAUUUUGGACAUCCAAAAGAUGUAAAGUAAGCUUCUAAUUUCUUAUAAUUUAUAUAAUAAACUACAGAAUUUUGUGAAGAAUUCAUUAACAACAUAUAGAAAUUAAUGGAUAAUCUAUAAAAGAUAUUUAAUGAAUUUAAAAUUAAAUUGUAGAACAAAUAUAUUUAAAGCGUUGAAUAAUUAUAAAAACAAAGCAUUAAUUAAAUUAGUAGUUAUAUAUCUGAUGCUAUUCAAUUUUAAAAAGAAAAGAAUCAACAUUAUCAAUCAAUUUUUCAAUGUAUAAAUAAUUUCUAAUAAAUCAUCACCGACUUUAACUCAGAAUUAAAAUUACCAUCACUAGUUGAAUAAUUAUAAUAAAAUUCCUUUGAUUAAUAAAUCUCAAAUAAACAACAAAUAGAAAAUAAACAAAUAUAUAUAGGGUUUUCAUAAAUAAAAUUGUUGUAAUUUGUUUUGGUAAAAAUAUAUUUAUUAUUUUACAAAGUAAUCAUAAUUCUAAAAAUAAUUGACUUUUUCAACAAAGUAUAAGCAUAGAGAAAGUAAAGUUUCAUUAAAUGGGAAAAUGGCUGAAAAUGGUGGAAGUUGUCUUUGUGAUUAAAUGAUUCCCAUAAACUAAAUUACGCGUUUUGUUUUUUAAAUAGAAAAUUCAUAAUAAUGCUAUAUUGGUGUUGGUUUUAGAGAAAUUAUGAAAUAAAACUAUUCUUCUGUAGGAGUAAAUUCUGGGUAUGAUAAAUUUAUUUAUGUAAUUUUUUUAGGAGUUAUUUGAUUCGAAAUGAUUAAAAGUUUUAUUCUCAUCAUGAAUAAUAAAAUAUUCUACCAUUUUCUUUUAAAGAUUAAGAUAUUAUUAUUAUAGAAGUAAAUAUGAAAACAUUGUAAGUUAAAUGGAUUAUGGCAUCCUCAGGUGAAUCAUUUGUAAUCAAUAAAAAUAUUAUAGAGCCUUGAAUUAUAGGAAUCAAAUGGAUUAUAUCCGUGUAUAAGAGCUGGCAAUAUUUCUAGUAAAGUUAGAAUAUUAGAAGCAUUAAAUUGAUUUAAUUAUUGAUCCUUAAUUACAUAAAGUAAUAAAG